GUGAGGACGGAGGAGGUGUUCGACCCCACGACAUCCGGUGUAGUGACAUGAACAGUGUUUAAGAAGACUCGUGGUGCCCUGGUUUCGAUCCUGUCCCUUUCCACUCAUCGAACCUUUCGAUCGAUUAAUGCAACGCAUAGUCGAUCGCAUAAUCGUCGAACGGGCCGAGAAAAGGUUUCAGACGCUCCAGUGUUAGACUUGAUCUUCAUCACGGUGAAUGACGAUGUCCAGGUACCUCGGCCUGAUUCUCGUUAUCACGACGUGUAGCCACGUCUACGGAGCCAAAACAUGCGAGGGGAACGGUCUGGGCCUGAAGUACGUGUGGGGCGACGCGCUGACGGACCCAAUGGACUGCGUGGGCCCGAAUAACAUGCAGUAUCCGUCAGCCGCGAUAUCGAGAAGUUACAAGAACCUGUGGGCGAGCAGUCGAACGGCGAGGUCUCAUCAGCCACGAACGAUCGACCCCGAGCUGACGAGGCAGGCACUUCUGCACAAUUACAAGGCUGUUCACGGCGGCUACUCGAUCGCAGAGAACUCUCGAAACGGACGAGCAUUUUCACCGAGAGAAUCGUGCGGUUCUCCAGCCAGAUUAUGCAAAACGAGGUACAACACUACGGCGCCCAUGUACGGGGUCAGCUUAACCAGUGGUCAACCAGUGACGAUCGUGCAAAAAUUCCCAGAUCUUUUGCAGCAGGUCGUCUUCGAGGUUUGCGAGUCGAAAGAGUGCGACGUGGUCCACGGUGAAUGCACGCAGACGUACGUGCCGUACCUGUUUCUAGUGAUUCCUCUCGGUCCAGUGACCUUGACCGGUCAGGAUUACGUUCUCGUCGAGAGCGGUUGCGUCUGCAAACCGAGGAAUUCGGCAAGCGCCUCGUCGGAGCCACCGGCCGUUCCGAGCUUUUAAACGUUCAUCGAACCCUCCAGAGCUGGUCUGGCGUCGCGAGCAUUUCCAAAGGCGGGCAACUCUCGAGAGCCAGCGUCCAACGUCGCGUCGAGCGCGACUUGUCGCUCAGGAAGGUGAAUCCUCGUGCUCUAAGAACCUCGCCGCCGGGACCUAGUAACCUCUUUGACGGAGCUAGCCCAUCGCCGUCGAGAGACCAGUAUUCAAGUUGCUAGAAAAUGAUUUCUCGGGAGAAAUCGAGAAAAUGGACGAUUUUCCUUCCCGCGAGAUCGUUCGAUUUCCUUCCGCGACGGAAGGUGAGCCGCUUUUUACCUUUGACAUUGAAAUUUCGACCCUCCCCGGUUAAUUGAAACCCGAUUUCGUUUCGAUUACCCGGGGAUUCCAGUGUUUCGCGUCCCGACGAAUAAGUCGCCACCAUCGUUCGUUGGAAUGUAAAAUUCGCUGAUCCGCGUGCCGUUGAAUUUUGCAGGGCAAACAGUACCGUUUCCGACAGAAAAGCUCUUAUACGAUACGAUAUAACUUGGCGCGCUCUCUAAACGUGCCGCGUCGCGUGUCCAUACCGUUCUCUCGUUAGUUUCGUCAAUUUCAGGUGAAAAGGGCUCGAAGAGAUUAUUUCAGCGUGAAAAAAAAAAACGCACGUAUCGGGACGGAGGCGAUCGUUUCGCGGAAUCCGGUCUCGGAAUUCGAUCGAGUUCGUUAGACCUGCCUCGCGAGCCGGUUUCGAGCUGGUGGUACAGGCUGCCUCGUAACAGCGUUCCACGGAAUGCAUCGUACAAGUUAUUCUUUCCAGAGGCAUCGUAAAGUCAUAUCAUUCAGCUCUACCAGAGUUGCAACCAGCCCGGAAACGUUAAUGGGUUCUUCGAUUCUCCAUCGCUGCACGAUUGUUUUUAACGUGUUCGUACUUUAUUCGUCCUUUCAUCGAUGCUUUUCCUUAUUGCUCGAUUAUAUUUACGACACCGGUAAUUUUCAAGUGUCGGGAAUAUAGCAUGGGAAUCCAGUUCUUUAUUAUCAUUAUUCAUCUCCGUAAAUUGUGAAACACAACGUGUGGUGCGAUCGUAGGUACUUAAUACCGCGAGUUGCAGUGGGAUGCAACAUAUGGCGCUUAUCUUUGUUUUUCUUGGCAUAUUACGUUCUUCUUUUGUAUUUAUCAAGUAAUACUUAACAAAACGCACCGCAGGGUGCCCGCUUCAUUUUUUUUUUUGGAUAAUUAUGUGCGGAACGACCGCAUGCUGCGCCCCACGGUCCAAAGCGAUUCUUUGUGGGACGUGCCACAUGGUGAGCUUCGCAUAUUUCUUGAAUGUUUCUUUUUUUUUUUUCUUUGCGGAACGUAUCAUUCACUCCGCGCCUCAUUAUUCUUGAGUAAUUACUUUCGAAACGCACCAUGUCCUGCACGUAUUUUUUUUCUCAAACGAUUAUAUGCGGUCACAUUAUGUUUCUAGAGCGUAUAACUUGUUAUCUUAUUCGACUUAUUUCAUGAAUAUCCGUUGAGAGGGAAAUAUAGAACGUCAGAAGACAAGAUCAUACUCGUUAUGUUGUUCGAGGUAGCCUAGUCACUCGCGGGACACGCCACUGGCCCGCUUAUGCUUCUCGGAACCGGACUCUGGAAGCUCGUCGUCGGAAUGGUACCGACAAACAGGAUGGACGUGCAGUCGCGGUACGAAUGGACCGUACCAUGAAUUCCGAUGAGUAUAAUGUACCGUUAGCCGUGUUGCGGGACCCUUCACCUCGAUUUACUUCACUUGGUUAUUUCAUAGACGGGAUCCGUGCGCGGCGCCCAAAAGAGGCUCUGACUCUGCCACUCGUGUUCGUGCCGCGCCACUUAUCAAAGACAACCGUUUAAAACGUCAUUAGACCGUCUGUUAACGAUCUGGGAUUCGUUUCGUAUCUUCCAUACGUCCUCGAUUAAAAUCUCGUGCAUUAAGUCCACUACUGCAAGGAACAACGAGCCUUCGCUUGGUAUCAGAGAUAGAAAGAUCGAUCCUGAGCUGGGAAUAAGGUGGUAUCAUCGUUAGGUGAAAUGUGGGUAGGGUCGAAUAGUUUUUUUAAUUGUAAACUUGCUAUUCCUCGCAGGAUUAAUCUUUUUUUCUACCUACAAUACAUUUGCGGUUCUUGUACGUUGAAUCGACGAUGAUUGUUUAUCGUUAAUUCUCUGCUAGAUGUUAUUAAUAUUAUUAGAAUACGCUGAUUCGACGUACAAUGAUUUCGUCGACAGCUCACGGAUCAGUAAUAAGGGGAAAACGAUUAACGGAGAAGGAGAACGGAGUAUUAAGAGAUAGAGAAUAAUUCUUAUCUAAAUAAAAAUUUCGAAUAACGAAUGAACGAUAAUUAAUUGCUUGUCUAUUAAUUGUUACACAAACGGCAGUACUUGAAUCGUAAAAUGAAAUAAUUCGUAAUGGAUAACCAGACAUUGAUCUGUUCUCUCAAAUAUAAGUCACAAAUAAGUUUACUCGCGAUUGAAUACGUUGGAUUAUCCAAUUUCUUUUAUUUCAAUAAUAAAAAAUAACUUUUUAUCCGGCUGAGAGUGUUGCCUAUCUCUAGUGGAACGCAGCUCUACGUUCAACACGCGCAACGAACGAUGCUUCCAUACCGCGUGUCAUCAUUUGUAUCUAUAGUUGUAAUAUGCAAUCAUGUAUUAAAUAAUUUAUUAUUAGAUUACUAUGUACUGUGUA